CUAAUCAGUGGGCUGCCCGGGAGGAGACGCAGGCGCAGUCGUGGUCCGUCGCUUUCCUGAGGGGGCUCCACAGGUUACUCCUUGGCGAAGAAGGAGAAGGAAGGCAAGAGGGAGGGAGCCGGUGUGGGCGGAGCGGCUCCCCUUCUGGCCACCGACUAUGGGCAAGGGGGCCCGCUGCCGGGCGAGAAGGGCCUCGAGGAGGCUGAGAGGUUUGCAACAGGAUCCAGGUUCCCCCAUUUUAAAUGUGAGGCUUUCCUUAUAAGUAGAGUGCGAGGGAAUAAAAAUCAAACUAUCAUUGGCAAUGUAGCCAGGCUUGCUUGGCUGGCAUGAGGACAGGAGCAUGGCCUGACAUAGGCAGAUAAUGAACUUCAUAUCAGGAACUCCAUCAUUGUAAGAAGCCCCGUUCUAUCUUAGUAGUGUGAUGAAUAUGCCAUUGCACCGUAUCUCUGUAAUUCCAGCCCGGGAUGUUACUUUUUCCAAAGUGUCUAAGAGCAAGCCUAAAGGGAAAGAACAGACUGGCAGUUCAACCUCUAUUUCUGCUCUGCGUAGUUUCUCUCAGACCUCUGUUACACCAACCAGUCAGGACAUCUGCAGUUCCAGUGCAGUGUAUUCUGAAUGUUGUCAUCACAGUCCAGUGCAAUCUGCUGUUGUCUUGAAAAAUCCUGUCUGCCAGAAUUCUUUGACUCAAGGGUCCACUGUGACAAUAAUCUGUCAGGAUACGGUGCAGUCUUCCAAGAGAGACCUCCAUGAGCAUGAUUGUGUCCAGGGUCUCAAGUCUAAGAAUGGAAAAACGACCCAAGCUCUGAAAUUCUCGAAAUCUCUCAGUGAUAUGGACCAGAAGGCUCAAAGCACCACCCAAAGCUUUAGCUACGUGGAACGAACAUGCUCAGAAGGGAAACUGACACAAACUCAGGAGCAAUGUUUAAAGCUUAACACAUUUUAUCACAAAGAGAAGAAGCCACUCAACCUCAGGCCCUUUCCUUUUAGUAAUUCCAAACUUUCCUAUUUCCAGUCACUUUCUACAAAUUACCUGAGCACUUCUGGAGCUAGUGCUGUCCACAGUGCAGUACACGUUCCUCUCCUGGAGGACAAGUGUGACAACGAAUUGUCCCGAAGUAAAAAACUGCUGCACUGCCUUUUCUCCUUCUCUCAUGCCUCCAGUGCGAGCAGUCAUGAAUUGGAUAACUACUCAAGCUGCUUCCAAUCAAAGAAAUCACCCAGUGUGAUAGUAGAGAGCACAGGUUUCUAUUCAGAUGACAUGGGAGAUGAUGAUGUCUUUGAGGACAGUUCCUCUGUGAGACUGAAAAUUGCAGAGCUGCGUGCACCACUUUGUUCAGUUGAAAAGGAUAGUGACCUAGACUCUCCUUCUCCCUUGUCGGAGAAAUUUUCCCCACUUUCCCCUGUCUCCAUAUCUGGGGAUACUUGCAGGAUAUGCCAUUGUGAAGGAGAUGACGAGAACCCUCUUAUUACUCCCUGUCACUGCACAGGAAGUCUUAAUUUUGUGCACCAAGCUUGUCUGCAGCAGUGGAUCAAGAGCUCAGAUACUCGAUGCUGUGAACUCUGCAAAUAUGAAUUUAUCAUGGAGACCAAACUGAAACCACUGAGAAAAUGGGAGAAAUUGCAGAUGACUGCCAGUGAGCGAAGGAAAAUAAUGUGCUCUGUCACUUUCCAUAUAAUUGCUAUCACUUGUGUCGUGUGGUCUCUAUAUGUCCUCAUAGAUCGCACCGCUGAAGAGAUUAAACAAGGAGAAACCACUGGUAUUCUAGAAUGGCCGUUUUGGACGAAGCUAGUAGUUGUGGCUAUUGGUUUCACUGGAGGAAUUCUUUUCAUGUACGUCCAGUGCAAAGUCUACAUACAACUUUGGAAAAGACUGAAGGCCUACAACCGUGUAAUAUAUGUACAGAACUGUCCAGAAACAAGCAAAAAGAACAUGUUUGAAAAAACAAUGCUUACUGAGUCCAAUCUUGAAAAUGCAGAUAUCCUUGCAAGUCAUCAUGCAGAAACUAACAGUUCACAUUACACAGAACCUGAAGAAUCCAGGGGAAAUAUUCUGCAUAUCUGACAUACUUUUUUCUAGCUAUGAAGAUCUGCACCAGCAUUAUUUGCGACCAUUUAAACUCAGCUCAGAUUGAACUGAUGGGUUUUUUAAAAAUUACUAAACACACUGAUUACCCAAGGCUGCAGAUCUCAAGCUGACCUGCAGAGAGAAGUAUGAGACUGAUUACAUGAUAUGUAAAUGAGGUGGACACCUUAAAGAACAUAUUUUUUUGUUCUCCCAAUUUUCUAGGCUUCUGAAUUAAUGAAAAUACCUGCUUCCUGUAUUGUAUGAAAGAGGUAGCUUUAAACUAAAACAUGCAAUCCUGUGAACGUUUGCGUGAAUAUGGAUGACUUUCCUGCACAAAACUAGUAUAGUAGGGAGAAGGCCCUCAUUCCCAACUUUAAGUCUAUAACUCCUGUGUAGAUCUUAGUAUUGCCACAAACAGUUUGCUAAAAUGUGAGACUUUGCUUCAUAUUGUGAAAAAGCAUAGAGCACUUUUAAUCAUUUUUAUUUUAUAAUAAAUUUUAAAGAAUCUCA